AUGAAGAGCUGUGAGCAUGAACUACUCAAAACAAGAAGAGGAAAGUCCCGCGAGGUUAGUUCACGUUUUCUCUCCUCUCCGUCUGCAUCUUCUUCUCCUAACCGCAGAAACUCCACUUCUAGUUCAUCUACCAAGAGAGAUGAUCAGAACAACAACGGUCUGAAAGUUCAUCUUGGCCUGAAAAAGCAUGAUAGGAUGUCAGAUGGAACACGGGUUUGUUUCGGGUUACCAAACCAAAGUAGCUUAGAAUUUGACACAAGAAAAUCCCAAGUAAAGUUGGUUCUGCAAGAGAAAAUCAAACUGCAGAAGAAAAACCUGGAGAUGAAGAUCAAUUAUGUGCUUCUUUCUCAAGUUAAAGCAUCUUGGGAGGACAUGGAAAUACAACAACUAUCAUCUCUGUCCAUGGCCAGAGAUUCCCUGCAUUCUGUUCUUUCCAUGCUUCCCCUCAAAGAAGGUGCAAAGAUGGAGGGUAUUGUUCCACUUGCUUCCCUACUAGCGGAAGUGGCUGCACAAGAGAAGCUGAUGCAACCUCAUGACUUUUUGAGAAUGAUCUCCGAGUUAGAGAUGCAGGAGAGGAGCUUGAAGUGCUGCUUCUUGAUUCAACACAAACAGACUUUCGAUACAAAUCUUCUUUAA